AUGUUAGCUGAGCCUAAAGUAUGUGUAGGGCCAGCUGGAGUUCCUGUGCCAAAUAACCCUGCACCAACCAAGGAACAGAGCAGUGGCACACGAAAAGCACAAGUUGUGAAAAUUCUGGGAGAAGGAGCGUUUGGCGAAGUCAAACUGGUGGUUGAUCCGCGGAAUCCGAUGUGUUGUGUGGCUUUGAAAUGCAUAGAUUUGAGGAAGUUUCAAAACAAUAGUGAAGCUUCUGAAUCAGCUUACUUACAACGAUUGCUCUCGACUAAGGAAUGCGAUAAUAUGAUUCGUUACAUUGGGAUGCGUGUAGAGACUGAAGGUGGCCUGAAUGAGCUUCAAAUUUAUUUGGAAUAUGCAGACGGUGGAGAGCUUUUCGAUCAA